AUGUCAGAAUUCGGGGUCAUUCCAGGUAUUUUAAAGGAGGUAUUUUGUGGACGCAGUUAUCCAGACUCCUUAGCUCUUCAAAUCACCAAUCUUAAGAACAUUGGUAAUGAGCACACUCAAAGAUUCAGAUAUAUUCUUACUGAUGGUGAAUACUCGUGUCAUGGUAUUUGCAAGGCCUCCGAUGGGUUUAAUUUCGAUGGUGUUCAAAAACUGUCGAUCAUCAAAAUUGCUCCUUAUGGGAUUGAAUUGAUGGGAAGUGGAGAAAAGACAAAACAUGUCAUUAUCAUUGGAGGAUUCCAAGUGCUUGAAUCAGCCCAUGCAAGAAUUGGUAUGAAUAAAACUACUACCAUGGAUGAGUAUUUCAAACUUCACCCUACUGAAUCCCUGCUUCUUGGUAAUGCCUCGAAUGCUCAAUCUCAUGCUUCUGCUGCUGCUGCUAAAAGUGCAUCCCCACCACCUAUCCCAGCGGCCACCCGUCAUGAUACAAAACCGGUUAAGACUCGCAAAGCUCCUGAGCGUCCAAACUUGUUUGCUAUCGACCAAUUAUCCCCUUACCAGAACUUGUGGACCAUUAAAGCCAGAGUCUCUUACAAGAGUCCAAUGAGAACUUGGUCGAACCAAAAGGGUGAAGGUAAAUUGUUCAAUGUGAACUUCCUAGACGAAACUAAUGAAAUCAAGGCUACUGCUUUUAACGAUCAAGCUGAUCAACUUUUCGAUGUUUUACAAGAAGGUAAAGUGUUUUACGUCUCAAAAGCAAGAAUUAAUCCUGCUAGAACCCAAUUUUCUACUUUGAAACAUCCAUACGAAUUGAGUUUGGAUAGAGAUUCUGUCAUUGAAGAAUGUCUUGACGAUAGUGACGUCCCAAAAUUGACCUACAAUUUCGUUCCAUUAUCGAAAGUUGAAGAUUUGGAAGUCAAUUCCGUUAUUGACGUCGUUGGGGUUCUUAGAGAAGUCAAUCCUGCUUUCCAAAUCACCUCUAAAUCUACUGGUCGUCCAUAUGAUAGAAGAGAUGUCGUGCUUGUCGACCAAUCCCAAUUCUCGAUUACUUUGGGAUUAUGGAAUAAAAUGGCCCUUGAUUUUGCUCUACCUGUCAAUAGCGUGGUGGCGGUCAAAGGUGCUAGGGUGCAAGAUUUCGGAGGAAGAAGUUUAUCAUUAACCCAAUCUGGUACAAUCUCCGGUAGCCCUGAUGUUCCUGAAGCUUUUGCUUUGAAAGGCUGGUACGACACUAAGGGUCAAGAAGAAAACUUCAAGUCGCUUAAACAAGACGUCGGAAGCACUAAAGGAAACGUGACCAAUGAUCGGAAAACCAUCAAAGACGUUCAAGAUGAAGGAUUGGGGACUCAUGAGAAGCCAGAUUACUUCAACUUGAAGGCUACCAUCAACUUCAUCAAAUCAGAAAACUUCAGUUACCCAGCAUGCUCUAGCACAGGGUGUAAUAGAAAAGUCAUUGAACAACCAGAUGGCACUUGGAGAUGUGAGAAAUGUGACGUGAACCAUCCACAGCCAAACCACCGUUAUAUUUUGAGUUGUUCUAUUUUAGACCAUACUGGACAAAUCUGGGUUACUUUGUUUGAUGAAUCGGCUAAGGUGCUAUUGGGAUGUGAUGCCAAUGAGCUUCACAAGAUUAGGGAACAAGAUGCCAUUGGCGAUAGCAACAAGUUCCAAGAGGUUUUUGAAGCAAUCAACAUGAAGGAAUUCAAUUUUAGAAUCUCUGCCAGAGAAGAUAACUAUAAUGGAGUUAGCAGAAUCAGAUACCAAGUACAAAAUAUUGGUCACUUAGAUUUCAAUAGUGAAUGUGACGCGUUGGUCGAUGCUUUAGGGAAACUUUUAAAUUGA